UCCAUCCGAGAAAUGGAAUCAUAAAACGUAUCCACGACCCUUCAGUCCCCCCACCCUCUCUCUCUCUCAUUUUUUCUCGCGCUCUCUUUCUUUGUUUCAUUUUUAUCCCAAACCCGAAAAGAAAGAAAAACCAAACCGAAGCACGCAACGCAACCUUCGCGAACACAAGGGAGAUCGGAUGCUCGUCUCCCGCCCAUAACUCUUCCACCUCGAUCUAACUGUUUUGAGGUCCUCAACUCACGAUCUCUCGCUCUCCAGAACCCUAUCCCCUAUCAAAAUCCAUUCAUCCAUCGACGCCGCUACAUUUUUCGGAUGAUUCUUCAGUUUGCUUGGGAAACACAUUGAGGAUUUCAUAUCAGAGAGUUUCUUUGCUUUUCAGGAGUAGCUUGGAGAUGGCAAGGAGUUCCAGGGGUCGUCGUAGACUUGCUUCCCGCCAAUACAGGUCAAAUCCAUAUCCAUUGCCAUCUUGCCAGCGGGAGGUAAGGGAGAAGGAAAUCAACCAAAAACAGAAAGGCUGCAAUGUCUUGGAGAAGAAAGACUGGGAGGAUGCAACCUGUUCGGUCUGCAUGGAGUAUCCUCAUAAUGCUGUUCUCCUCCUCUGUUCCUCACAUGACAAGGGCUGCCGUCCAUACAUGUGUGGUACCAGCUAUCGCUAUUCCAAUUGCCUUGAUCAGUUCAAGAAAGCCUACACCAAAGUAAUGUCACCUCCUCAUGGGCAAGCAUGGCAUGGUUCAACUAACCACACUGUUGGUUUGAAUCCGGAUUGGCCUAAUGAGAAGUCUGAAGUAGUGGAGCUUUCAUGCCCUCUCUGCCGGGGCCAGGUGAAAGGAUGGACAGUGGUUGAAGCUGCACGUGAAUAUCUCAAUAACAAAAAGAGAAGCUGUAUGCAGGAUAACUGUUCAUUCAUAGGAACAUACAAAGAGCUCAGAAAACACGUUAGGGCAGUCCAUCCAUCUGCACGACCUCGUGAAGUAGAUCCCAUACUUGAGCAGAAAUGGAGAAGACUUGAGCGUGAGAGAGAGCGUGAUGACGUGAUUAGCACAAUAAGGUCAUCAAUGCCGGGGGCAAUGGUCCUUGGAGAUUAUGUGAUAGAAGGGAACCAUUAUGGCUUUGAUACAGAUGAUGGGGAUGCUGAUGAGGAUGAUGGGAAUUAUGGGUUGCACUACAAUGACAACUUAUUCAAUUUUGUCUUUUUCUUGAGGCACCAAGCAGGAGAUGGUGUCAGUUUUAGUACAAGGUUGAGGCGGCUUGACAGGGGUCUUCAUCGUUCAUUGGAUGAAGAUGGCCGUGGUGGAAUUCCUCAUGUCACAGCUGGUGGUAGUUCAAUCAGCACAACUGAUGGCAAUGAUGAUGACUUACCAGUUGAUCGCCGUCGAAGGAGAGUGGUGGAGCUGGGUAGAUCAGAGAGGAGGCUGAACCGUAGAAACCGAAGAAGGGCAGUUAUAGAUAUUACCUGAGCGAGAGAUGACUGGGGGUGGUGGGGGUUCCCUGGGGCUUGUUGGUUUGGAGCAUUAUUUGGGUUGGGAAUAGGGGAAUGGGAUGUUAGGUUUUUAGUUGAUGGAUCAAGGCAAUUGACUGUCUUGUUCCCUACAUAAGUGCAUGGUUAUGCCUCAUUUAUUUAUGUGGAAUAGUCAUGUGAUAAAAUGACUAGUAAAAUUGGGAAAAAGGAAAAAAAGUGAUUUCUUUUUUUUUUUAAAUGUUGUGUUUGUAACAUUUCCUUUUCUGUUCUUUAGAAGAAGCUCUUGAUACAAGGGGAAUUUCCAAUUGCUACAUUGUUUCGUUAGGGCUUUUGUCAAAAAUAUUAUCUUAAACUUUCCAAAUUUGUUCUUUUUCGUUCUGGGA